GGUGCACGGAAUCUGUGGAAUAAACAAAGGCUGCCAUGGACAGCAAGCAAAAGUUCUUCACGUUUCCAUAAAAUUACAAUUUCCCAUUCCAGAUUGAAUCGAUUUCGAAUUUUUAUUAAAAUAAAUCGGAAGAGAUCUACAGAAAGCCGUCUCGUUAAUUUGUUUAUUCCAUUCCCCCACUCUCUCAUGCUGUUCUUGUUUUUCCAAAACCCUAGCAUCUUCUGAUCCUUAUCUCUAGAUUUCAGCUCAUACUCCACUGGUUUUCUCGAAUUUUCUCUCGAUUUCUCGAUUUCCGAAUAGUCGGGAUGAAGGACGGGAAGUCGAUUAAGGUUAAUUCUCAGUUGCAGCAUCAGAAUGGUCACUUGCCGCCGUUCAAAUUGGCGAAUUUGUUCGAUCCAGAGGCUUCUUGGGAUAAGGAUCAACUGGGAGAUGUCUUGCAUUGGAUGCGACAGUCGGUUGCGCUUGUAUGUGGGCUGCUUUGGGGUUCGGUACCUCUGGUUGGAGGGAUUUGGUUCAUCUUAUUCUUGGUGAUAUCAACCACAAUGGUAUAUGGAUACUAUGCAAUGAUUUUGAAAGUAGACGAAGAAGAAUUCGGGGGUCAUGGAGUCCUCCUCCAGGAAGGGCUUUUUGCUUCCAUAACUCUGUUUCUGCUUAUGUGGACUCUCGUUUACAGCUUGGGACACUUCUGACAAUGGUUUUGUCAUCGUUCUCAAUAUCGAGCCAAGCAAUGGUAGGGAUGUUAUCGCCACUAUUGCUUGCUUUUUUUUAUUAGUGAUUGUGCAAUAGUUUGCCUUAGAAGGAAGUGUCCACGACGUAGAAUUGGAUUAAUUUCAUUAAAAUUACAACUUACAAAAUUUUAGUAGUUAUUAUUGAUUCUGUUAAACCCAAUUCAAUCUUCUUCAAAGAAUAAAUUCUUUAAACAAA